AGAGGUAGCAAGUAGAGCACCAUGGCCACGCCCAGCUCACAUUUCCAUCCCCAGCUGCUGCUGCUGCCGCCGCCGCCACUGGUAAUCCAAGUUCUCAUCCUUGUGGCCGCGGCUGAAGCUCAAGUAAGUUGCCGCCACAAGUGCGGCGACAUUGACAUCCCCUUCCCAUUCAGCAUCGGCCCUGGCUGCUUACGUGAUGGCUUCGAGGUCUUGUGCGACGACUCCUAUGAUCCCCCUCGCACCUUCCUUCCUGGCAUGCCCGCCAUGCCCAGCAACAAGACACUACUCGAGAAGCUUGUCUGGGGUUCAUGUCAGGCAGAAGGACAGCCUCCACCUCAGGACUAUGCCUGCAUCAGCGGCAACAGGUCCUGUUCCAAUGCAACCCUUACUUGUAGCUAUGUCUGCAAGUGCUGGGCCAUUAAGUUGACAACCCUUAUGUCCCUAAUAAUGGAUGCCAAGAUAUUGAUGAGUGCAAGCAACCUGAAUUGUAUCCUUGCUCAAAUGGCGGGAUCUGCAAAAACAAGGUGGGAGGCUAUGAAUGUCAAUGCAAAUUCGGAAAGAAAGGGGACGGCAAAGGGCGAAGCUGCAGACAUGUGUUCACUCCCCAAGCAGAGGGGGCUGUCGGUAAAUGGUUCCAGCAUCUGCAUCUGA